AUGACAAUUUGUAGAGCUUGCGCAAAGAGUGCCGGCCGCUCAGUCAUCAGCAUCCGGACUGUCAGCUACCUCUCGGGAGGUCGUGCUGGAGUUGGCGGCUCUUCGAGCUCGCAGGCCGUGAACUCUGCUGUAACAAGCUCGCCUCGGCCCCAGGAUAUCACCAGAGCCAUCAAAAAUUCGCCAAAUACAGACUCCUUUGGCGAGCGUAAAGAGGACCUCAACCGCAAGCUUCCAGAUAGCAAAAGCCUUGACUAUGCUGUGCGCAGGCACCUGGAGUUUCUUGGCGAUGAUCGCUUCAAGAUCGCCAGGCAUGUCUUGAGCACCCUACAGAGGGAUGCAUUCGACGAGGCCCUUCACCUUGUGCGCAAGAUUUCCAGGGCCGACCGAGACUAUAUGGUCUCUUGGAACCACCUUAUAAGCCAUCUUUUCCAAAAACAGCGGCUGAAUGCGGCAAUCAAGCUGUAUAACGAGGCCAAGAAGCGCGGCCAGACCCCCACCGCGCAGACAUAUACCAUCAUAUUCGACGGCUGCGCCGCUUCAGAACACCCAAAACAGGCAGUCGGCGAAGCGAUCAAACUUUACCACACAUUACUGCGGAGCGAGAGACUCCAGCCCAACACGAAACACCUCAAUGCUGUUCUCAAGGUUUGCUCACGUGCUGGAGACCAGGAGGCGCUUUUCAGCAUUCUGCAAACCGCCGAAGGCAACAGGAAGGCCGACAACCUCACGUACACCACUAUACUGAACUCCAUUCGUGUCAGGACAGCACCCUCGGCCCGGAAGCCUGAGCUGAAGGGCCUCAAAAAGGAUGAGCGAGAAGAUACCAGGCGCAUGGAGAUAGUGGUCUCUAUCCAGCGGGCAAAGGCCAUAUGGGAGGAGAUUGUGAGGUUAUGGAGGUCUGGCAAGCUCAUCUUGGAUGAAGAGCUUGUCUGCGCCAUGGGCAGGAUUCUCAAGACUGGUGACCGCGAAGCCAACAGCGAGAUACUCGCCCUCAUCGAGCAAGCUAUGAACAUUCCUAGGCUUGACAAGGCGCCUCUGCCGGCGCCACAACAGCCGACCGAGGGUAAGUCGGCUGUCGUAACAACCCGCCCAGUAUCAGGCAUGGGAUUUGCCACACCAGGCAGAAACACGUUGUCUCUAGUCCUGGAAUCUCUGGGCACCACCCGGCAGACCUCCCUUGCUGUCAGGUACUGGGAUAUAUUUGUCCAGGAACACGGGGUGAUACCCGACAGCGAGAACUGGUUUCGACUUUUCAGGACCCUAUGGAUUGGCAAGGCCAGCGGCAAGGCUGCCGAGUACAUCACACGGAUGCCGCCGCAGUUUCUCAGGCCCAGCACUGUGCACGUCGCCUUGGGGACCUGUGUCAGGGACAACUUGAACGAACUUGCCACGGCUAACGCGGAUAAGAUCCUGGCAUACGCCAUCCGGACACUAGAUGCUGUAGAUGCCAUGACGAUGCGCCACUAUCUGCAAGCAGUUCUCGGAAAUCACCAUCGUUUCAGGGUUAUGGAGGAGAAAGGCGACGUGCAGCAGUCGCAGGCCGAGCUCGGAAAGCAUUAUGCACAUGCGUUGCGGUCUCUCCAGGGUCCAUUGAUGAAGGCCACCAACAAUCUGGCGCACUACCAGGCGCCGAAGGGCCCUCUAAAAGGACGGGCGGCAGUCCAAUAUAACGAGUUCAGGGAGCUGGCCGCCACGGCGCGGCGCAUGAUAUCCGUCGCUGAUAAGAUCAUGAACCAAAAACUGGUCUCGGAUGGGAAGGACUUGAAAUGGAUCAAGGACCUCCGCGUUAAGAUGCAAAUUUUUGUCGAAUCGGUCUACGAGGGCCGCGAAAACCUCGAGCCCAAACUCCCGCCUAAGCCGGAUAACGAGCACCGUUAUGAUAGGGAGAGUUACCAUGAGCUUGACAGUCAUGAUUGGAGGAAGGCUGCCGCCGCCGAGGUAAAAUCCUAG